AUGACCUCUCCAUUUCUUCCAACUGAUUGCCUUUUAUUAAUAUUUGAGGAUUUUAGACAUGAUAAAUCCUCUUUACACUCUUGUUUAUUAGUAAAUCGUCACUGGUGUCAAAUCGUCGUUCGUUUUUUAUGGUGUCAUCCUUUUCGUCUCUUAUAUUCUUGUAAAAAUUCCCCUUGUAAUUGUUCAAAUGAAAAAAGGCAAUCUCUUGCUAAAAGUUUAUUCGAAACUUUUAUGUCUGUUAUAAUUUAUAAAAACAGAAAUUCUCUUAUCAAAAAGAAAAUUUUAAUUCCUUCUCAAAUUUCCGUUCCUGCUUUUAAUUAUCUGGAAUUCUUACAAAAUCUUGAUUUAUUGGAAUUAUGGUCGACAAUUCAAGAUGGAAUGAUUCAAAAACAACAAGUAUCUGAUUCUUCAAAAAAACAUCAAUUUCCUCCUAUUAGUCAAUGGUAUCAAUUUAUAAGAAAAAUCGAUUUUUAUGUCGUUUUACAAUUCCUUUCAACUUCAAAACAUUCUUCAAGAAAUCCUCUCGACAAAGAUCAACUUUCUUCAAAAAAUCUUCUUGAUAAAGAUCAACAACUUUCUUCAAAAAAUAUUUUAGAAAAAGUCCCUGAUUUAUCCGUUGAUCGUGUCGCUCAUAUAUUUUGUAAAAUUUUCUUAAAAAGGUGUCCAAAACUUCAUCAAUUAUCCGUUGAUUUAAUUUCUAGACGUAAUCAUGAUGAAUUCACUUGUAAUUCUCUAAUUUCAAAAUUAUCUACUUUCUCUACUAAAUUCUUUCGUCCAAAACUUAAUCAUCAUCUUGAUCAUUUAACUCAUUUAAUUUGCACUACAAAAAAUUCAAAACGUGAUCUAUUCACUACUUUAUCAAAAUUCGCUCAUAAUAUCUCAAAACUUGAUGUUUGUAUAGAUUAUUUAGAUCAUAAUCUAUAUUUUUGUGAAAGAAUUAUUGAUGUUUCUUAUGUUGAAUUAGAAGCUUUAAGUUUAUCAACUCUUAUCAAAUCUCAAAAACGUCUCAUUCAUCUUUCUUUACAUAGUUUUCCUGCUGGUUUACAAGCUAUUUGUUCCGCUAUUCAUCUUCAUUCAAAUACUUUACGUUCUUUAAGUUUCGUUGGUGUUUUCUUUUAUG